AUGGGCUCCCUUCCUCCUGCGAUCGAGCUGUCGGCCGAGCUGCCGGCACAGUAUGCCGGGCUGCAGACGAGCAGCAAGCGGAUGAACGAGACGCUGCAGACGUCGUGUCAAUGGGGCAACACGCCAGACGGCGGGAUGAACCGGCUGACGGGCAACGACGACGACCGCAAGGUGCGCGAGUGGUUCAUGGCGGAGACGAAGCGAUGCGGCUGCACGGUGCAGGUAGACGCGAUGGGCAACAUCUUUGCGGUGCGGCCUGGACGCAACAACGCGCUGGCGCCGAUUGCGAUCGGGUCGCAUCUGGACACGCAGCCGACAGGCGGGCGAUACGACGGGAUCCUGGGAGUGACAGCAGGCAUGGAGGUGCUGCAGACGCUAGAGGCAGCCGGUGUGACGACAUAUGCGCCGCUGGCGGUGGUGGACUGGACGAACGAGGAGGGCGCGCGGUUUCCGCCGGCGAUGCUGGCGUCGGGAGUAUGGGCCGGGGCCUUUACGGCGGAGUACGGACUCAGCCGGCCGGAUCUGGCGGACAGCACGACAACGCUGGGCGACGAGCUGCGGCGGAUCGGCUUCCAGGGCACGACGCCGUGCAGCUUCACGGCCACGCCGCUGUCGGCACACUUUGAGGUGCACAUCGAGCAGGGACCGGUGCUGGACGAGGCCGAAGAGGCCGUGGCCGUGGUGCAGGGCGUGCAGUCGAUCCGCUGGUACCACGUCGACGUGGUCGGACGGGAGGCCCAUACCGGGACCACGCCGAUGGACCGGCGCAGCGACGCGCUGCUGGGCGCGGCCGAGAUGAUCGUGGCCGUCAACGAGACCGUCACCGGGGCCGACAACGUGCUGGCCGCGCGCCAGGCUCGUGCCACCGUCGCUGUCGUGCAUGCGUCCCCCCAGAGCAUCAACACAAUUGCCGGCAAGGUCCGGCUCUCGCUCGACAUCCGCGCGCCGGCCGACGCCGACGUCGAGGCCGUCGAGGCCCUCUGUCGCGCCCGCUUCGACGCCAUCGCCGCCCGCCAUGGCCUCGCCCUCACCAUCGACCACUUCUGGUCCUCGCCCGCCCUCCACUUCGAUCCUGUCAUGGUCCAGUGCGUCCGCGCGUCCGCCCGCGCUCACGGCUGCCGCAUGGAGCUCGUCAGCGGCGCCGGUCACGACAGCUGCUACACUAGCCGCCGCUGUCCCACUGCCAUGAUCUUUGCGCGCUGCCGCGACGGCGUCAGCCACAACCCGGCUGAGUACACCCGUCCAGAAGACUGUGCGGCCGCGGCAGAGGUCCUUCUGGGCGCCUACCUGCGGUACGAUGACUACCUGGAGAAGACGACGGAGAAGACGGUAUGA